GUUUCUGGAAAAAAUAUUUUAUUACUGAAUAAGUAUUACUUUUACAUUAUACAUUUCAACAAUGAAGUUAACACAUCUUUUAUUGAUUUGUCUUAUUUCAUUUGUGUUCUUUACAUAUGUUCAAUGUGAACCUGAUGAGGAUGAAGAGCCGCAAUUGGACGGAGAAGAGGAACCUGAUGAAAAUGAAGAAGGUAGAGAACAAUCUGUUCCACAUGGAAAACACCCAGUUUUAAGAAAAGUAUUCUUAAGUGCACCAUCAUGGAUGCAUAUACCAUUUUCUAUUCUUGGCGCGGUAGCAGCAUACUUUGCUUACCAUAUCUAUGGUUAAAAUAUGAACAAGGAUUUAUUGGUUCAAAAGAGAAACUUCAAUAUCUAUUUAUAAAUUGUAUUAAAAUUAAAUGACAUUUAAAAAAAUAUAUAUAUUCUUGUAACAACAAAAUUUCAUAGAGAAAAAAGUUCCGAUGAUAUUUCUUCUUUGCUUUUCUUCUUGUUUUGUUUUGUCUUUCUUUUAUUGUUUAUUAUUUGUUAUUUCAAAUUUAUGAUAAUUUAAUGUAUGAAACUUGAAAUUAUUUCUUAG